GUCACAUUAGCAUAAAACACUAUCAUUUGUGUAAUGUUUUAGACGUUUAGCAUUGUCCAACUUAUACAUCAAAUCCUACAUUAGCUUAUAUUCUCUUUUCUUUUUCUUUUUCUUUUUUUUUUAUUCAAAUUUAUUUUCACUAUUUAAGUUUUUCUUGAGGGGAUUGAACCCUCUCGCUUGAUCUUAAUUAUGUUGAUUGUAAAAUGCUUAUGGCCCAAAGCUUAGACUAUAAAUAGUAAACAAUAUCCAAUUUAAUAAAGUUGUUGAUCUUAAUUAACGUAAUUAUUCUUAUUUGCAUUAUAUUCUAUAUACAGAAUUAAUUAUCUACGGAGUACCACGGUGGAAAAGUUUACACCAAAAAAAAAAAAAAAAAAAAUUGAAUUGAAAAGUAUCAAAGUUUACUUAGCAUUCCAUUAGUUCCGCAGUCAUAAUAAAAAAAUACGUCUUUAACAUGUAACGUAAAUGUUGUAGACUUUUAUGUACAUUGCCAAUUACAUGCCCUUGGUAGUUGACUAGUUGUGCUGCUUACUUGUGCAAGAAACAGUCAUAAUUGCAAUUCCUCAAAGACAAUUAGACAAAGCCCACAGUUUGUCUCUUCAUCACAUCAACUUCACAACAUGUCUAUAUAAUCCAACAUAGUGUCCCCUCCUAAUUCCUUUACAAAUAUACAAAUAUUAUCAACCAAAAAAUUUGCUCAUAGCUGGUCAUAUAUACUUCCUAUAACCAAAACCACAAAAAAAAAAAAAAAGAAAAAAAAAAGCAAGUAUUAUUUAUAUAAGUACAUUAUCUCGUUUCAUGUCAAUUAUUCCCGUUUUCUUCUUCCUCCUCCUCAUCAUCUUCCCUCGCAGUAUAUGUGCUGCGCGGGGUGGCCAAUGGCAGCUCCUACAAAAAAGUAUUGGCAUUUCUGCCAUGCACAUGCAACUCUUAAAUGAUGACCGUGUUUUAAUUUUCGAUAGGACUGAUUUUGGCCCUUCUAAUGUCUCACUUCCUAACGGUCUAUGUCGUAACAACCCUCAUGACUUGGCCUUGAAGACCGAUUGCACGGCUCACUCUGUGGAGUAUGACUCUCUUUCCAACACCUUCCGUCCUCUCAACGUGUUAACCGACACGUGGUGCUCCUCCGGAGCCACUCUCCCCAAUGGUACACUUGUUCAAACCGGUGGUUACAACGAUGGAGAGCGCGUUGUUAGAACUUUUCAACCAUCUUGUGACGUAUGUGACUGGGUAGAACUUCCCAACAAGUUAUUAAUACGAAGAUGGUACGCUACCAACCAUAUUUUGCCUGAUGGUCGUUUGAUUGUCAUUGGAGGUAGAAGAGCCUUCAAUUAUGAGUUUUAUCCAAAAACAACACGUUCUACUUCUCAACUUUACAAGUUACCGUUUCUAGCACAAACUAACGUUCAUAAUGCGGAGAACAACUUGUACCCUUUUGUGUUUCUCCAUGUAGAUGGGAACUUGUUUAUUUUUGCUAACAAUCGAGCUAUUUUGCUUGAUUAUGUUAAAAAUGUUGUUGUUCGGACCUAUCCAAUUAUCCCGGGUGGUGACCCGCGUAGCUACCCUAGCUCAGGGUCCGCGGUUCUUUUACCAUUGAAAGAUUUGGAGUUGGGGUUGAAUGUGGAAGCGGAGGUGUUAAUAUGUGGGGGUGCACCACUAGGUUCAUACUUGAAGGCACAUUCGCGUCAAUUUUUGCCAGCUCUAAACACGUGUGCCAGAAUUAAGAUUAAUGAUCCUAAUCCUACUUGGGCCAUUGAGACUAUGCCAAUGGCUCGUGUCAUGAGUGACAUGGUGAUCCUUCCCAACGAGGAUAUAUUACUAAUAAACGGGGCAGGUUCAGGUAGCGCUGGGUGGGAGUUGGGUCGAGACCCUGUACUUAACCCAGUAAUCUACCACCCAAGCAAUGUCUUGGGAUCUAGAUUCGAACUCCAUAACCCGACUCAAGUCCCAAGGAUGUACCAUUCGAGUGCAAUUUUGCUACGCGAUGGGAGAAUUUUAGUGGGAGGAAGUAACCCGCAUAAGUUCAACAACUUCACCAAUGUGCUUUAUCCCACCGAACUUAGCUUGGAGGCAUUUUCACCCCCAUAUUUAGAUCCCUCCAAAGUAAAACUACGACCCAUUAUUGUUACCCCAGCUUCUAGCUCUAAGAUUCAAUAUGGAAAGCUCUUAGAGGUUAAGUUCACAAUUACCGGGUUAAUUGACCUAGAUUCAAUUAGGGUUACCAUGAUUAGUCCACCUUUUAACACACAUUCCUUCUCAAUGAGCCAAAGAUUGUUGGUGCUAACCAAUGCAACGCCCGCAAAGCCUAUGGAUUCGGGUCGAUUUCAAGUCAAUGUUAGAACACCCGGAUCUAUUAACAUUGCUCCUCCGGGCUUUUAUAUGUUAUUUGUGGUUCAUCAAAAUGUUCCUAGUGUAGGCAUUUGGGUUCAACUUAUGUGAUUAGCCUUUUUUCUUUUUUUACUCAAUUGUUACAUAAUAAAUCUUCUUAAUUUUGUAAAAAAGCUACAAGAAGAGAGUUAAGAUACAAUGCCAAAUUGACCUAUUUUUUUGUGUUAAAAUUUGUGAGAUCGGAAUUUCUGUAUAUAUAUACUAUAAGCUGGAUGUAUAUUAAGGUUAAAUUAUGAGGCAGAUUACAGACCUAAUACUUUGUAGAUGUACCAAGAAAGGUUUCAUGUACUAAAGCUGGAGUA